CGGUUAUUUGUGCGCUCCUUAAACCACCCAGCCAGUGGGAGGAGAACAUCGAUCGUUUUAAUACUAAUUUAAAAAAAAAGGGGGCUGAGCUUACCAGUUACAGAAAGCAGGUGCUGUCCGACUCCCUCAGUUACUAGCGCUGCCUCCGUCGCCAUCGAUGCUCUUCUUCUCUCCCUCCCGCCCCCAUUUCGAGACGCCCCUUGGGGAGGGAAUGUUUAAGCAGCCUCCUGCCCCCUCCUCAUCUCCCGGCCGGCAUCUUCCUUUCCUGCGCCCUAUUUUACCUCAGACCAUCAUGCAGAAGACGACGUUCUUGCUAUGGGGCUUUCUGCUGCUUUCCGGGGGCUCAGCAGGGACCAAGGAACAGUGUUCCACAGGGAAAUUUACUGCCAAUGGGGAAUGCUGCCGAGCCUGUAAUCCUGGGGAAGGAGUUGCCCAACCAUGUGGAGUAAACCAAACUGUCUGUGAACCUUGCCUGGACAGCAUCAGCUAUUCAGACACAGUGAGUGCCACCGAGCCCUGUAAGCCCUGUAAAGAGUGUGUGGGCCUGGAGAGCAUGUCGGCUCCUUGUGUGGAAUCGGACAACACUAUUUGCAAAUGCAUCUAUGGCUUCUAUCGGGAUGAGAGCAAUAAAUGUAAAAAGUGCCGCAUCUGUGAAAUGGGCUUCGGGCUUGUCUUACCUUGUGUGGAAAAUCAGAACACAUUGUGUGAGAAAUGCCCGGCAGGGACGUAUUCCGAUGACGCCAACUAUGUAGACCCCUGUUUCCCCUGCACAGUGUGUGAGGAGGAUGAGGUCAUUGAGAAGGACUGUGCUGCAACUUCAGAUGCCAAGUGCAGAGCAAUUAAUCCAAGAUUUGCGAUGACAACCAAAGACCCGAUGGAUUCCUAUACCAGCAAUAUAAAUAUAGAUGCAAAUACAGAUGUAAUCGUAGAUGUGGAACACGCAACUAAUCCACAAUUUGCUGUGGCAACGAAGACCCUGACGGAUUCCAAUACCAGUGAUGCAGACCCAGAUGCAUUCAUAGACCCAGAUGUAGUUAUAGACCCAGAUGCAGUCAUAGAUGUAGAACAUGGUUUUUACCCAGGGACUCCCAAAAGUCCUUUUCCUAUUACAAAUUCUUCAGAGAUUCUGGAUAUUUUGGAGACCACUGUAGUGAGCACUACAAUGACCACAAUUAUGGGCAGCUCCCAGCCUGUCAUUCGAAGUGGGACAGCUGAUAACCUCAUCCCUGUCUACUGCUCCAUUUUGGCAGCUGUGGUUGUGGGUCUGGUGGCAUAUAUUGCCUUCAAGAGGUGGAACAGCUGCAAACAGAACAAACAAGGUGCUAACAACCGUCCUGUCAACCAGACGCCUUCCCCAGAAGGAGAGAAACUUCAUAGUGACAGUGGCAUCUCAGUUGACAGCCAAAGCCUCCACGAUCAACAACCACCAACACAAACAGCAUCUCUACAAGGUCUUAAAGGAGAUGGGAAUCUUUACACCAGCCUGCCCCCUAACAAACGUGAGGAGGUUGAAAAGCUGUUGAAUGGUUCCACAGAGGAGACAUGGCGCCACCUGGCUGGAGAACUAGGCUACAAGGAAGAUCACAUAGACUCCUUUACACAAGAGGAGUACCCUGUUCGUGCUCUGCUCUCUGAUUGGUCCAGCAAGGACAGUUCCACCAUGGAUGCCCUUUAUUCAGCCUUGCGCAAAAUCCAAAGGGGAGACAUUGUGGAAAGCCUUUACAGUGAAUCCACUGCUAGCUCACCAGUGUGAAGGAGAGAGAAGGGGCAGCAGCAUUCUGAGUUAGCUUCUCACUUCCCCUACCCUAGUGGUGCCUCUUGGAAGAAGAAUAUGUGAAGGAAAAAUAGAGCUCAUUCUUUCUGGGGUCACUGGAACAAUCCUGUAAACACUGAUUUAGUUAUAUUUUCCUCUCUACCCUACUGUCCUAGUAUUUUCAUCCAAUAGCUCUUGCUAGUAACAGACAAUAAGAUGAUAAAAGGAAAUGGAAGGAGUGGAUGUCUUGUUUAUACUGUAUGUGCUCCUUAAAAUCUCCUGGAUUGAUAGUGGGCUGCUGAACUGAGGCAAGAAUGAAGAAAGACUUCCAGUGGUUGGAUUCAGCUCAUUCGCACCACUUUGGCAGAAUCAGUAGCUAAUUUUUUGUUGCCCAGGCCCAGAAUGGACUUCCGGAAGCAGCAUCCACACAGAGAACCAGUUGUUCACAUAUUUGAAUCUCACCACUGAAGACAUCAGUCCAAAUCAAUUGCUUGACUUCUCUUUCAGAUGCCUCUGACAUUUAUCCUAUGCGCUUCUCUCACAAUCCCAUCAACAUUAGUUCUCUUUCUGCUCUUGCACAUCAGUCACCAGUUUACCCUAUUUAAGCACAUCUGAAAUCAGGAAAAAAAACAAGGAGACCAGCCAGAUAUGUUACAGAGUGAUGAAGGAUUCAAAGAAGGCAGAAAGAGUAGGAAUGUUGGGCCUGAAACAAAGAGACAUAUGGUGUUUAGAGGACAAAGUGAACAUUUGUUUUGAGGCAACCUCCUGGAGGGUCUCUUGAGUGGGGAGAAGAGAAAUGUGGACCAGGUUUAUAGUUAUCAAAACUGACAACAUGAAAAUCAAAGAGAGAAGUUAAGGGAUGGAACCCAAAGAGAAAAAUAACCACAUUUCUAUCCAAGUAUUGGUGACCACAUCAAGACUAUAUUUGAUCCUGCCCUUGUUUUCUUGCUCAGAUGCAUUCUUCUCUUGCUCAGUAAGAAUUUUUUUUAAACCUCUUCUAUUUUUCUCUUUCUGGGUUUGACUGAAACCAAUAAAGUCAUAUAAACCCUUGCUUAAAGGAGCCAGAUAAGCCACACUGAUGAGUGGACUUAAUUAGAAGCAAACAAGGCAAAUGGUCUGACUUAUUCAUUCAUUUUCCAAGGGAUACUGCUUUGAUGAUGCCACAUGCUCUACAUUCUUCUUCAAACUGGUAAACCAAUCACUGUGUGUUAAGAAGCUGUUCCCUCUAUUGCAUUAAAAGGGGAAGCAAGCAAACAAACAAACAAAAAAAUCCCUUAGUGGCCUUAAUGCACAAAAUGGGGAGCAAUCUAUAUGAAAACAUAGCUGCUCUCAGAGGUAGAAUUUUGCUGAAUGUUAUUCCUGUGUCAAGUGAUGUACAGCCACCAAAGCACCCUACUAUUUUCUGUUUUCAAACAUUAAAGGGAUAUGAAAGUACUAUGGGGAUAGGAUGGUGGGGAGGUAUUCUACAAGCUAACAAGAAUCACCAAAAGCUUUUGGGCAAAAAACAAAACAAAACUGGAACUGAACAAUUUCUUCCCUCUGUAUAUGUAUUACAAGAUUCAUGUUGGUUUCUUUUAUUCUUAUUCUGAUGAUAUUCAGAUAGACCUGAUUAAAAAAAAUGGUGGCAUUUGAAAGCUCAUAGGGUUUUAAACAGUUGACUGGGCUGUUCAUGGGGAUUGUUUAGCUGCUCGUCUUGUUUCUCUGAAUUAAAACUGUGGAGAAGAAAUCUCUCCAUCAUAUGUAUGCACGCACACGUAUAUAUAAAUAUAUACUUAGAAAGUAAUGGGAAUACUUCCUGGGGAAUGUUAGUUAGGAAUGCUAAUUAAUUUCCUUUCUCAACCAAGAGAUGAUUAGGGAAGCUUGGCAGUCUGCACAAAGUGUUGCUAUUCUGAUCACUUUUCUGUCAUCAUACUAGUUUUAAUGGUUUGCCUCACCAGAAAACUUCUAUUUUAACCUUGACAUUUUAGCUGUCAACAAAACUUAGUAGCAAUUUUAAAUAGGAUGCUACAAACAGAUUGAGGAAAGUUAAUUACAUUUUUGCUUUCUAUUUAAAAACUUUUUACAGAACAACUAGAAUCAUAUCUUGUUUAUGGGAUGUUGCCAUCACAUCACAUAACAAUAAUCAUAAAAAAGAAGCCAGAGGGAGAGCUAGUAACAUAUCCAAUGGACUCCUAAAUUGUUUUAGAAAGAAAACAUGGAGGUGGGUGGAGGUACCUAUGGCCUUCCUGAUUUUGAGCCUAGUUUAACAUUGGCCCACCUAGUUUAACAUUCUUUGAUCUGGUAAAAACCUUCAUAUAUACAGACAAAAGCCUUUUCAUAUCUGUUCUGAAAUCUAACUUCCCUUUUUAAUACUAUGAAGGGCAAAUAACUUGGACACACAAAGUAGGCACUUUACCUCAGAAAUCCAAUUCCACAAUCUAGUUCAGCCUCCUUUUGGUAGAUCACUCUAAUGGCCCUUUUCUUGUAGAGAUAUGUGCCUUGUUGUGCAUUGACUAUCCCAAAAGAAACAAAUAGCGUGCCAAAUCUUUUUUACUUUUCUUGAACAUGCAAGGCUAUUAAACAGUUCUGCCUUUUAAGAUCUACUGCAUUAAGCCUGCCUUUUUUUUUCUUUUGGAACUACCAAAUCUCCACAGAUUAAGAGAUACAGGCAAGAUAGAAACCCCACUUGGGGUUCAGUUGGUUUCAGAUUUUAGCAAACAGAUUUUAUCUUAGCAGGUAAAUUUUGGCACGUGACACAAUAUACAGUCUGAAUUUGGAGCUUAGUCUCUAUCCUCUGCAAAAAAAAGAGAAAGCCCUUCUUCUAUAUGCUAUUCUUUAUUAUUCUGAAGACACAGUAAGAACAAGACAACCAAUAAAUAUAAGAGCGAAUGAUUAGUAUUCUUGAAUAAUAAAACUAUGAGGUAUAAAUAUAUCAUAUUAUAACUGUAUUAUGCAACAGUUACAUCUCUUCCUAAAAUCAUGUUUCAGCUGCAUGAUCUUAGGAAAAAUGGGACUGUUUUAAAAUGUUGCAUAGACAUCCUAUGUUUGUCCUUCAAAACUUCCUUUUGUAAUGAAAUCAGAAAUGUGGUACAGUUAUAUUGAUUAUCAUAGCUGUGUGAUUGAUUGGUGCUGUUAAUACUUGCAUUUGAAGAUCCCUCCUCAUAAAUGACUAAUAAGGACACAAUGUCAGAGAUCAACAGUGCCUUUGGAAUACAACUUUUUCUUUUGUUUAAUCCAGGAAGUUAAAGGAUGUUGAGUUCUUAUGCUAACAACCCAUAAAAAGAGAUGGAAAUAUGAAAGGAUAGGGCAAGGAAAUGUAGAGCCUCCUUAGUUGAAAUUUGGCCUAUUUUACCUGGAAUGAAUUAUCCUGAAUAGAGUGUAUCUUUAUAUCAGAGCCAUGCUUAGUUGUAAAGGUAUGUGUGUAGAAGAGGAUAUGUAAACCAGGAAAAUGACACUUUAUUAUAAAUCACUGUUGGCAUACGUCUCCAUUUUAUUCACUAAAUUGAACUGCAGUUGGGCACAGUAAACCUGUGGCUUUCCUUUAUAUGUUCAAAUAUCAGAAUAUUCCAAAAGCCCAAUAGCUCCUGCUAGUCUCCUCAUAAAGGAUUGAAGGAGAAUAAUUGGUUAUUUUCUCAGGGCUACUUAAAAUGUGUAUGAGAGAGAGUGUGUGUGUGUGUAUAUACCUAAACACAAACACACACACAAAUACACACCUAGGCUGGUAUAGAAUCCGUGUUACUUAGGGAAGGGAUUUGGGUUUUCAGAUUUGGUGGAUACAGGAAAUCCCCUCCCUCCAUUCCAUUGGAAAAAGGAAGUUUCCAAUGUUGAAUUUCUUACCUGAAAAUUAUAACUCUUUCUCCAAUCUUUGUUGAAUGACCAUUUGUAGUUCAAACCACUUUGCUUCUUCAUUUAUUUAUGUGGGGUUUUUAUAUCUUAUCCCAAGAUCCUGAAUAAAUAUUUCUCUUGACAGAAGCAUUGGGUUGGUUAGUAGAUUUCACUAAAAUGAAUUAAGUCUUAGUCUCUUCACUUCUAAGUUGGCAAGAAUGGGGUAACUUAAAAGAGAUUUUGGGCAGAAAAUGGACACAUAUGUGUGACUAAAUGAUUUUUCAACAGCUGCAUGGCCAGCUGUACAUAUGUACUGUGCAAAUAUGAACAGACAUAAUUGUGCCUACGACCUUAUGUAUGUAUUCCAAAAAUCAGAUGAGGAAAGGAUACACUAUGUUAAGUGUUCAGUUGGCUUGGUUUUUUUUUCCCUAGAUGCAAUUCUUGCAUUUAAAGAGGUUUGGAUUUCUUUGCCCUCAUUCUUCCCUAUUCCCUGAACCAAAUUGACAUCACAAAAUAUCCCCUAAAUUUUGUAGCUCUACCAAGUUUACUUUGCAAUCAAAAAAGACAAACUGAAUAGAUUUAGAUAAACAUAUCUAAUGGGCCUACAGCUGUUCCAGACAUUUCAGUACAGACACAGAUGUUAGCUUUUAAUGAUAAAUGUUCAGGAGUCCAUAGCUUAUGUUAAACUGCUAUAUGUGUUUGAGUUCAUUUCAACUAAUUGAUGAAUUAUGAUUAGCAGUUCGUGAUUAGCUAAGACUGCUAUAUGGCUAGCUACUAACAAACCACUUUGAAGGGUAGCACCUUUGUAGAAUUAUCAUUCAACAAAAUCAUGCAGUUUUAUGUGUUGUAUCCAUCUUCUUUUUCACAGUAUGCAUGGGCUAUUUAUAUAUGGGUGGUCUCCCAUUCAAUUGCUGCUUGGAUCCAAACCUGUUUACCUUUAGUUGAAGCAAGAGUACUUUCAUAAACAUGUAUUAUAGCUCUAGUAGAACAUGUUUCUUCAGCUGCACACUAUAAAAAAGUGGAACUGUAAUUGACUUUCCAUACCAUUAAGGGACAUUAUGACUUUUCCAUGCAUUCAUCCCAUUGUAUUAUUUCAUGCCUAAGUCCUUAGCACUACUCUUUUAUCUUUCUUAAAAGAUGUAGCUUUAACAUAGUCAGGGACUUAAAGCAGCUAAACCUAACCUAGACAACCAUUUAACAACAAGUUAUUUUGUAAUAUGGUUCUAUUUUUAAAUUAUCUUUUAAAUAGGAUCACAAUAUCUUCACAGCUUUAACUCUGUUACAGUAAAACACUGUGUAUGUGAACUUUCUGAAGAGUUCUAUUCCUUUGAUGUCGCAAUGCAAUAUGUUUCCAGAUAUAACCAUUUUAACAAGUAGUCAAUAAUAAGGACUGGAAUAAUGUUUUUUAGAAGUUGUUAGUGUAGCUUAAUUUUAAUGUAAUACUUAAGCAUUAGAGGGCUAAUUUAAUUGAAAAUUGAAAAUCUACUAUUGGUCGUAUUGUUAAUCUAUGACUGGAAAGAAUAUUCUUUCAUUAGUAACACACUUUCAUUUACAUAGAAUUUUACUUUUAUUUUAUUUUGGAGUGGAAGAGAGAGACACAGACCCUGUGCCACAGAUAAACACAAUGUUUUGGUGCUUUUGUUAGAGCAAUUAAAAAUAGAUGGUGAUUAAAGGGGUAUCUGGUUAAAUUGCAAGCAUGAUGAUAAACUAUAGAAUAUUUUGGUCUCCCCAAUCUAACAUCGUACUUUUAUAGAAGCAAAAGAGAAGUACUAAGGGCAUCUACACAUGAGUGACUUUGUUAUUCUUCCUCCACCUCAACAGUCAUGGGAAACAUCACCUACAAAAUUAAAGAGAAUUAUAAAUGACAGAUAGUAUUGUGUAGAUACCAUAACAUUGGAGUAAAUAUAUCAUUGUUACUGUACAAUAAACCCUUAUUGGAGAAUAGACUUGGCAGUUCCAGACUGUGAUCCAAGUACCAGAUUGGAAGUAAUGCCCUAAAACAAGAUUAUGUUGUUUGAAGCUCCAGAUUAGAAGGCAAAUGGCUUGAUUGCAUGUAUUGACCUAGGCUCAAAUUUCCCAACUCAGAUCAGUCUGAGAAACAGAAGGACAUCCAGUGCUUAGGAUAAAGAGUCAAGAUCCUCUAAAACUUGUCACCCAACUGAAAUGUUUAAUAAGGGGCAAAAUGUGAAAUGCUCUGAGAAUAACUAUAUUUAUUUAAUUCAAUCAGCACACAUUUUUGUCUUGGGCCCAUUUAUUUGUUUAUCUGUCUGACCUGCCCACUUUUUGAAAACUGCUCUAUCAUCCUUUAAAGAUUAAAUGUGGUCCUCAGCUUGAAAAGGGUCACACUUCCCUAUUGUAAGUUGUCUUUUGUCAUUUCUUCCUGAGCCUAAAUGAAUACACUGACACUGCACAUCUACAGUAGUCUUAAAUAGUGCAUUAACCAGUUUUUUAUGUUUCACACAGAACCAUGAAUUAUAUGGGCUGGAUCAUACAACAGCCUCAGCUCCGAAGAACAAAUUAAGGUUAUUACCAACCAGGCUUAAGAGUUUAUACAAAAGUAGUCACUAAGUCUUCAGCUGGUGAAGCAAAAUUGUCUGAACACAGCCAUUUUGGAAGUGAUGAUUUACUCAUUAGAAAGAGAAGGUGCUUAAUACAUACAAGAAAGUCCUAGCCUCCAUUAGAACAUAAAUGCUUUGAAACUUUUUAUGUCACAAGCACAUAAAAAGAUCAGCACUUCAGUCAAGCUGUUGUGACUGUUAACAGUGAUUUUCUUGACACCCCCCACUCCUCAAAUGUCCCUCCAUAACUUUUGGCAUUUUUCCCUCUACUAUUUACCUAGAAACCACCUAAAAAUAACACACACAAUGCCAACAGGUCAAAGAGUGGAUGAACCAACUUUCUGACUCCAGAAGAACAAAUGAUGUUAAGCACCAACUUAUUUGAAUCCAUUUCUGUCUAAACUUCAAGCCUCCCCUGCCGAAGACAAUCUAAACGGUAAGUAACAGACAUUGACAGAAGCAGCCCGCACCAGGAUGGGGAGCAGCUGCCCAGAUGUUCCUUAUUUUAAAGUCGAGUUUUGUUUUACAUGUUGUUUAUGUGCUAAGGGAUACCCAAGGUUGUUUGAUUCUGUGUUAUUUUCUUGUUCAACCUUUUGUAAGCAGAUCUGAAAGUGGAAAUCUUUCAUAAUCUCAACAUGGAAAGAGGAUUAUGUGGUUAUUCUCAGGAGAUGGGAAAGGCCCUUUUUAUAGGCACAGGAGCACAAGCUCCACUGUGGUCAUGGAAAAUGUUUUCCUUUCACCUUUAACCAAUUGACAAGCUUCAAAUCUUCCUAUAUCCAUCUGCCCGCCCUAUUUCUAAAUAACCAAAUUUAGCUCAGCACACUGCUGAGAGAUUAAAAAUGACAGUAGGAAAAUCCUGAGUUCCUUAUUGGGAAGUGAUUUUAUAUAAAAGUGAUAAAAGAAAGAAAAUUGGGUGACACUUAGAAAAAGCAACAUUAGUUUUUGAGGGAAACUUUUAAGAACACCUUUUGAAUCCUUACACACAUGAAACAAUGUAUAAAUGUUUGUUUGUUUGUUUCUAUUUUGAGCCUGCCUGGGUCCACAGCAACUCUGGCCAGCUUCAAUUAAAUAAUUUUUUAACAUAUAUUCAAGAAAAAAGAAUACAAGUGGGAAAGACUUUGGGAGGCAGGGUGAAUAGAAGCUGACUAGGAAUGAUGAAGUAAGACAGGGCAUAUCCUUCACUCAAAGAAUACCCUUCCUAGAUUCUCAGAAUGUAAAGUAGAUGGUGGGAGAUUUGUACUUUCAGACUUGCAAGAUUCUAUUAAUGUAGCUUUACAAUAAAGUAGAAUUAACUCAUCUGUUAUGUUCUCUGUCUAUUCUAUCUGGUAAGACUGACAACUGAUGUUCAGAAGACAGUAACAGAAAACCAAGGGGGCUCAACCACUAUCCUUAUCCAACCUCUAAAAAACAACCAGUUCUUUACUUUA